AUGGGCGCUAGCUCCUUCGGUGCCUUCGGUGCCUUCAGCCCGGUUCCGCAGGGACCCAUGGGGCCGAUGGCCACACAGAUUGCCUCGGACCCCAUGGCGUGCCAGAUCGUCUGGCAAAAGGAUGGGACUCCUGGCUCUCAGAACGACUGGCAGCAGGGACCCUAUCAGCAGGCGAGCUGGUAUGGUCAUCAACAAAACUACAGCAACCAGCUGUCUCCGGCAUACCAGUAUGCUCAGCAGAACCAGUGGCAACAUGACCCUUACACCCGACAGAACCCACAGUUCCAGAAGCAUCAGCUGUAUCAGCAGUACCUCCGCAAUCAGCAGUACCACUACCAGCAACAAGAGCGUCCGCUAUCCUCGCGGAGGGGAAUGGCCAGAUCAAAACGUGACAACAAGGAGUUGGCACAGGACGAGGCGGACAAGGAGGAUGGCAAGGCUGAGGUUUCGCAGGAUAAGGCCAAAGCUGCCAAAGCUGCCAAGCACAAAUCGAAGGCGUCCCCGGGUUCCCCCCGCGCCAAGGACAAGCCCGAGCGAGCGCCGAGCGACCUGAUCGUGGUCUCUACGCGCCCAGGACAACCCGGCGACCGCGCCAUCCUAGAGUGCACCGCUCCCGACGACGCAGCCUCCGAGGCCAGCGAGGAAAACGCUGCAGAUCGUCGGAAGACCCUGCUGGUGCCGGUGCAGCUCAGCAACAUCAGCCAGGUCAUGUUCGACGAUGACCUCUUUGAAGAUGAAGAAGAGGAGGACAAAGAGUCGGACGAAGUCGUGGUAGUGGAGGACAAGCCAAGCAUUUCCCACAAGCAAGCACAGUCAGCGCACCUGCUGGCGGGCCUGCAACGCAUGGAGGGGAAGCGUGGCGCGACUGCUCCUGCAGCACACUUGUCGCCUGUAAGGCCUUUGCCUCCGGCCAGCCCUCGUAGACUGCGACCCAAGACCAGCCCAUUUGUUGGCAAGAUGCCGUCUCGGGCCCAGAAAAGCUACCGCUGCUAUGGCUCCAUGGCAUCACGCCCCACCACGGUCGGCACGGUCGGCUCUGCCUCUGGCACGAUUUCUGGCGAUGUUUGUACGCGGCCCGGCACCGUGGAUUCGAAGCCGAAGUCCCCUGCAGAGACGGAGCGGGCAGCUAGCAAACCCGACUGGGACACUUCUUUCUACAGCAUGCACCAGCGGCGCAUCCCGACUUACGAUGCGCUCAUCGAUGAGAACUGCCCCGUGCUGAGCAGCCCGGCGCGGCUCAGGCACAUCAUCGAGACGCGCGAGCUUCCAGACGCGUAUCUCCACAUCGUCCGUGCCCGUUUUGAGCAGCAUCGGCAGAUGUUCGACCGAGAUGGACGACUUGGCGAGCGUAGCCGGCCGGAGCCCUGCGCCAUGCCACAAGAUCCACCUCGGUACCCAGACCGCCUCGUUGAACGCAUGGUCUCUGGCUUCGACGCAGAUGGCGUGGACACCAGGGUGAAGCCACCGGCCAUUAGUUUGGACACAAUUUGCCAGGAGCUGCCACCGGCCAAGCCACAUGGACAGCCCUCGCACCAGAUACUCUGCAGCUCAGAGUGGCAGAACUCCUCCUUGCACGAGGAGAUCGUGGAAAGCGGCGGCGACACGCUUCCACCCGCAGUGGAUCUCGAGGACCUUGAGGCCACGGAACAAGGAACUCUCGUACCCAGUUGGAAGAAGGUCGAGGGCGAAGUGAAGCUGCUGUGGCACAGGCUGCAGAUACCCCUGGACCUGCGCACAGCCCUGAACGAUGGUCCCUUGGCGAGCGUCACGCCUGGGAACCUCUACGAGAUCCAGGCCCAUUUGAAGCGGCUCCAGGGCUUCGAAGCCGCCACGCGCAAGCUCAUCAGCAAGUGGCUUGAAAGAGAGAAGCUAUUGGAACAGAUCUGUACCUCCCACGCCCUCGGGGUGAACGACCACCGCCUCGUCUCGCUGAAGGCGAACGUCAAGAAGCUGGACAAGCUCAGUUGCGACCUCGUGGCCGACAUCGGCGUCUGGGGCCGGCGCUUCGCCGACCUCAUCGUGGACGCCACGCGCGACCCCCUGGCGCCCACCUCUCUGCCCAAGACACGGCCGAUCUUCGUUUGGGGUGGCCGUGAUGCGAUCGAGAGGGUUUCAGAGCAGAAAUCCUCAACCAAGCACUUCAUAGCUCCAGAAGCCAUGGCACGUGACGCUGCCAUGGGCAAAAUGGACAAGUUGGACAAGUUAUGGGUUUCCAAGCGCACCAAGCCCAGCCCUUGGUCGCACAAUGGAAGCCCGCUGCUAAGAUCCAGAGUGACGCAGAGCGGCUGGUUCGCGGCGACAUGUCUGCUGCAAGCUUAG